AUGCCGCUGUUGGAGGUGAGCUUUCUCUCCCUCCUCCUGGCGUGGCCAUUCCUUGGCGCUAGUGAACCAUCCACAAUGGAAUGCUACACACAGAGUGGACCGCCCUACAAUGGAACUCUAAAUCAUACGGCAGCAGGUGAGCCCUGUCUACCGUGGAGUGAAUUCACGCAUCUACAUCUACGGACCAGUUGGAAUGCCUCGGUGUUGCAGGAGCAGUCAAAUUACUGCCGCAAUCCGGAUGACGAUCCACGCGGUCCAUGGUGCAUGGUCACGAGAGCAAAGUAUGGAACUUGUGCAGUUCCACAUUGCGGUGAGAUUGAUGUUCUACUCACGUGA